GUCACAGCUUUUUUGCUUUGCUUUAUUUCACAGUUAUUAUCAAGAGGAAGCUAUGCUAUUGCUGAAUGCUGAAUGUAUGUCGUAUGUGGAUAUCGGAAGUUUCAAAUUAAUUUUUGGUGUACAAACUUAUUGUUGGAACUCUUGUUAAUUAAACGUUACAAGGACGAAUGUCCUUGGAGAGUCACUUAAAGUGAUGACAAACGAAUCAGAAGCUGGUUCUAGGGGGCCAAAAUUUCAUUCCACGGAUACACUCUAUUCCCUGUUACACACUACGGGAAAAGUUUUUAAGGGGCUUGGUAUAGUUGGUUGGAGAGGCCCGUUGACAAAAGCACCAAGGUGCAAUUACAAUUACAAAGAGAGAAUACGCCGUAACGAAGAGAUUUGCUAUAUGCGUGACACUCUCCUUUUCACUUGAGCAAAUUUCUGUCACACUUUGUGAGCGACGUAUACUUUUUCGCGGGACUCUUAACUUUUUAUAUUUAUAAAAUAAAAAAUUACUAUCAUUGUUUUCAUAACGUUUAAUUACUCGUUUUUAUAAAAUUAAAUUCAAAUUUAGUUAAAUGACGAUAUAAAUUCGAUUAAUUAAAUAAUGAUUCAAAUGAGAUAAUUGUUAAGAGAUAUACGAAACAAAAAGCUCUAACGAAUUAAAUAACUAACGAGCAUGCAACCCUGAAGGGCAAAGUGGGUCUCUAUGUGAUUGCUCGCGUGUGACUACCAUAUAAAUAGUGAAACUCGGGAAAUUAGAGAGUCAUUCACUCUCAAUUUUUUCAACCAACAACAUUAUAAGAAAUUGUUUAUCAUUUUUUUUUUAGUUUCUUAUCAACAGUUGUGUUUUAAUUUUGAGUUUUUAUUUUUCCAAAUGACUUGAGUCUUGAUUUAUAAAAAAUAAAAGUUUUUAAUAAAAAUGAUUCGCUUAAUGAGCUUUUUCAUUUUUUUAACACUCGUAAUUUACGAGUCUGGUUCAGUUGCAGUGUUAUCGGAAAAAAAUACACUGGAGCCGAUUAAACCAUCGCCAGUUGAUGAGACUUCAAACGAUGAAUCUCCGGAAAAGUUUGUUUUACCUCUAGCGGAAGGAUCCAGUGAUAGCAAAGUAAACAAACGUGAUAAAGCUUCAAAAGAUGAUAAAUUUAUAGAUGAUGAUAGAAAGGAUAAGAGGAAUCAUGGAAGAUUUAGUGAGAGAGAAAAGUCCCCUCUCCUCAAUUGUUGUGGGAGCAGAAUCGAGACUCUUGGGCGACCUGAGUCGACGUUACAACCUACAACUAGAGCGUCAGAUAUUAAUCGCUAUCCAGAUCGAUAUGGAAAUCGACCGGAUGAUAGAUACAAUAACUGGCAGUCUGUCAGACCGAGUAGUUCUACCAACAGUGGAGUUUAUGGAAACUCUGGUAAUCAACCCGACAGAAGGUUUGGAUACCGUCCAUCAUAUCAUGAUUCCGAGUACGGAAGACCCGGAAAUAAACCCAGUUAUAAUUACGGUUACGGUUACGGAGGAUACGGCGACAGUGGUUCUUUCGCAAGUCAAGGAUUCGACUUAAGUCAUCGCCCAGGUGGAAUUUUCUUUACAGGUAGCAACAGACAUCCAGGUUAUGGAAUCCAUGGAGUUUUAGAAGGACAAGAUGAAUUUCCUGCUGAAGGGAGUGCAAUGAAACCCAAUAUUCAAACUCAAAAGGCUGUAGCUUUGAAAGCGUUGGCAGGAGUUGCGUUAAUUGGCGCGGCAGCAGCACUGGCUGCCAAUCCAGCUCUCAUUCCUGUUGGAGUUCUCGCUGCGGGACGAAAACGGCGCUCCAUUGAACCUGACCAAUCGUUCAAUCUUUUACAAUUCCCAGAGCAAUUUAUUCGUGACCAUAUACCCGGAGUGUAUGAAGACGACGAAGCAGCUAACAGAUUCUGGGAGUCACCGCAGUGUGUUGCUCGACUUACCUGCGAAGUUCAGAAUGAAUAUCUAAAGGCGAUUUCGAAGAAUCCGAAUCUACGCAAGGAUGUUCAACAUCGGCUAAAAGAAUUAAUUGACAGUCAGAUUCUCAGUGUCGAUUACGUUAACCAAAGUAUGAAGAUGCUGACCAAAAUAGCACGCAACGCAACUCCCACAAACGGAAAAUGUGAGAUAUUUGCUUGUAAUUUCUUUACAUAAAAUACCUUAUUAAAUAACAUUGAAUUUAUUAUAAAGUAGUAGUUAGAAAUUUUUAUAAAUACAUAUUUAAU